CUGUUGUUAGCCGGAGGGUAGCGGUUUUAGCUGUGAAUUGAUUUUUGGUAAUUCGGGUAUUUCAUUUAUGAGCAGAUAAAGCAGUUUUUAUCUUUCCAACUUAAAUAAUGAACAUCUCAAGGGAACGUCCUGCCUUCCGAUGUUUGCCCGGUACCUGAACAACGUGAGCUUCAACGGGUUCACCCGCACUCGGGAUGUUGUAGGCAGGUGGAGGACACUUUGGCCCCUUGGUGCCCUGGGGCAGGUGGGUCGAGCCCCCUGGGCUCAGCUUCCUCUACCCUGCGGGUACCUGACCGUCACCAGUGGGAUCCCCGACGGUUGGCGCUGCGGUGGCUGGAGACGGCGGACCCUGAUCGCAGCUUCCGGCGUUGCUUUCCGUCGUGCGGUUCACCUCUCUUGCGCGCUCAUGGAAGGCCGUCGCAACGGGCCUCCACACAAACGCAAGAGGAGCUCAGAGGAGAGGAGUGUGGAUUCGACACCUAAAAAUGCAUCCCGCAGCUCAUCCCCUUCACACGCAGGUGGCUGUGACCCCGGGGGCCGGAACUGUGACUUUUGUCAUAAUUUGGGGAUUUCGGAGUCUCCCAGGCAAGAAGUCCCAAAACCCAAGAAGACAGCCAGAUCCGCAGAAAUAAAGAGACACUGGGAGGAUUUUUCCCACCUCUACGCCCAUCCAUCGCAAUCUACCAAGAGGCAGCGAGAUCCGCCCUUCGACUUCUCCGUCAUGUCCUACAAUAUCCUUUCCCAGGAGCUCUUGCAGGGGAAUUCCUGGCUGUACAAGCACUGCCAGCGGUCCGUUCUCAACUGGGAUCACCGUCUGCCCAAUCUGCUCAGGGAACUGGAGCAGCACAAUGCAGACAUACUGUGUCUUCAAGAGGUGCAAGAGGACCAUUAUGACAACCAAAUCAAACCCAAGCUGGACUCUUUAGGCUACCACUCGGAGUAUAAGAGGCGCACAGGCCAGAAGCCAGAUGGGUGUGUAGUGAGCUUCAAGCGGGACCACUUCUCGCUGGUGACCUGUCGCCCGGUCGAGUACUUCCGGCACGGCGUCCCGCUGCUGGACCGCGACAAUGUUGGUCUGGUGCUGGUGCUGCACCCAUUCGGUACCCCAGGUAGCAUCUGUGUGGCCAACACCCACCUGCUGUACAACCCCCGGCGGGGGGACAUCAAACUGGCCCAGCUGGCCUUGUUGCUGGCUGAGAUCAGCCGUGCGUCCCGGGCACCAGGGGGCUCCCCUGACAUCCGCUGUCCCGUCAUCCUCUGCGGGGACUUCAACUCAGUGCCUGGGUCACCGCUGUACAACUUUAUCCGGGAGAGCAGACUGGACUAUGAGGGAAUCCCCAUCAGCAAGGUGUCCGGCCAGGAGCAGAGUCCUAGGGGCCAGCGUGUCCUUACUGUGCCCAUUUGGCCCCGCAGUUUGGGCGUCAGUCACCGCUGCCAGUACGAGACGACGCCUGCCGGGACCACAGCUGUCAAGGGCUGUCUUACUGUUCCAGACCAGGAGGAAGGCAUCCUGGCUCUAGACAGGCCCAGCAUCGAGCACAGCCUGAGGUUCACCUCAGCCUACUCCCACUACCUGAAGGAGAACGGCCAGCCGGAGGUCACUACCUGCCACUCCAAGACGGCUGUCACCGUGGACUACAUCUUCUACUCAGCGGCCCAGGAAGAUGUGUCCAUGCAGUCAGAAUGCACCACGGCUCCAGAAUACGGGCUGCAGUUAUUGGCGCGACUGGCGCUUGUGGACGAAAAGGCUCUGUGGCGCGCCAACGGACUCCCCAAUGAGCACAACUCCUCAGACCACCUGCCGCUGCUGGUCCGCUUCCGCCUGCGCUGCUCGCACGUGGACAGCGGGACUGCUGGCGCCCAGAGGGGGGGAUCUCGUAAUCUCGCACCACUUUGUGGGACAGACCUCUGUUACACCAGCUGAGGCUAAAAGCCAGGACUCGGAGCUGCGCGUCAGGGAUUUUAAAGUUCGGAUUCAGCUCCUCACUUCUCGCAUAUCGAGAUUUUCCAUAUGCAGCUGCUUUGUGCUGAAGAUUGGUUUUAAAAUCCACAUUAACCGUUGUCAUUUUGAUCAGAUUUUUUUUUUUUUUUUUUUAACUUUGAAUUUGAACUAAAUUUACAAUGGUUUACAGAAAUAUUUAUAUCAUGUUCCUGGAAAUAAGGGGCAUUAUUUUCUAGGUUUUUCAUUCUGUAGUGUGUCCAGUAUUAAAUUACUGAUGUGUGUCUUGAAGGAGUAACUGGACCUUGUUUUUAGUGUUUUUACUACAGUAAACACGUAAAAGUUAAGCUUUUAUAGCUUCUCAGGGGUCAAUAACCAUGUUUUAAUGCAGAGAAGUUAGUGGCAAGGCAACAAAAAUCUCAAUUUUUCUGGGCUGCGUGUCAAAUUACACACUUGCUAUCAAAAGAGGUGCUUUUUACCACCCUGUGACAGUUGUCCGGUACCACACUAUUCCCAAACGUGCUCUGAGCAUUGCAGCAUUUUCCUGUAUCGCUAUCAUUUCUACGCCCGUGAAAGAGAAUUUAUUCUGUUCACGUUGCCUGGCAAACAAAUGCAACACAAAUACAAAACCGUGAACUGUGCGAGCAUGAAGAAAAGUACAAGGCGAAGCAGAGAAAUCUCAUUAAAAUAAGUAUACCUCCAUACCCAGGUGAAAAAUGGUCUCGAUUGAGUUCAUGA